CCGCCGCUCCGUGGCACGGCUGCCCGCCGCCGCCCGCGUCGCCGAGCAGCAGCACGUUGCCCAGGUGCGAGAUGUAGCUGGAGGCGAGGCGCAGCGUCUCGAUCUUGGAGAGUUUCCUGUCGGCCGGCUCGGUGGGGAUGAGCGUGCGCAGCGCCGUGAACGCCGUGUUCACCGAGUUGGUGCGGUCCCGCUCGCGGGCGUUCGCCGUGUGCCGCUGCCGCGGCUCCCGCGCCAGCCUGCCGCGGCUCUUGCCGGGCCGCCGCUUGCCGCCCUUGAUGCCGAACGCGUCGCCCUCCAUGUGGAAGGGCUUCUCCUCCGAGCCCGAGCUCUCGCUGUUCUCCUCGUCCUCGGACAGCGCGCUGAUCUCGGGGUACAGGAAGCGCCCCGGCGCCGAGCGCAGCAUGGCGAAGGACAUGGCUGGAGAAGCCGCGGGAAUGCCGCCGGGAAACCGGGAAUGCUCAGCUCCGGCCGCUCAUGGCUCUCGCCGGACAUCCGGAACACGGUGGGGAACAUCCCCAUGGAAUGGUACCAGGAUUUCCCGCAUGUCGGGUACGACCUGGACGGGAAGAAGAUCUACAAACCCCUGAGGAGCAAGGACGAGCUGGACCUGUUCCUGGAGAAGAUGGAAAACCCGGAAUACUGGCGCACGGUGCAGGACCGCCAGACGGGCGCGGAGGUGGCUCUGUCGGAGGAGCAGCUGGAACUGGUGCGGCGCCUGCAGCGGGGCCACUUCGGCGACGUCAGCUCCGACCCCUACGAGCCGUCCGUGGAUUUCUUCACUCACGAGGUGCGGAUCCACCCGGUGACCAACCGGCCCGCGGACAAACGGAGCUUCAUCCCCUCCCUGGUGGAGAAGGAAAAGGUCUCCAAGCUGGUCCACGCCAUCAAGAUGGGCUGGAUCCAGCCGCGGAAGCCCAAGGAGAACGUUCCCACUUUCUACGACCUGUGGGCUCGGGAGGACCCCAACUCGGUGCUGGGCCGGCACAAGAUGCACGUGCCCGCUCCCAAAAUGCCGCUGCCGGGACACGCCGAGUCCUACAACCCGCCCCCGGAAUUCCUGCUCAGCCCCGAGGAGGAGCUGGCCUGGCAGCAGCAGGAGCCGUCGGAGCGGCGCCCGCCUUUCCUGCCGCGGCGCUUCGCCAGCCUGCGCGCGGUGCCCGCCUACCCGCGCUUCAUCCACGAGCGCUUCGAGCGCUGCCUCGACCUCUACCUCUGCCCCCGGCAGCGCAAGAUGCGGGUCAACGUGGAUCCCGAGGAUCUCAUUCCCAAGCUGCCCAGGCCGAGGGAUCUGCAGCCGUUCCCCACCACCCAGGCUCUGAUUUACCGCGGCCAUUCCAGCCUGGUGCGGACCCUGAGCGUCUCCCCCAGCGGGCAGUGGUUGGUGUCAGGUACGGAUCUGCCCCUGGAUUGGGAAUUCCCGGGAUAAAUCCCAUGGAUCCACUGCCCAGCUCGAGCAUUCCCACAUUUCCCUGGGAUCAUUCCCACAUUUCCCUGGAACCCCAACCCCUCCAUCUGCCUGGUGGCCGUGGCCGUGGAUGAGCAGGUGCUCCUGGUGAACCCGGGCCUCGGGGACCGGCUGCUGGUGGCAGCCACGGAUCAGCUCCUGGAUUCCUGGGAAGCUCCGGAGGAGGAGCGGAUCCAGCCGGUCCGGUGGGUCCCGGCCAGCCCCGAGGAGCGCGCCAAGGGGAUCCGGCUGCUGGUGCAGCACAGCAAGCCGGUGAUGCAGGUGACGUGGCACGGCAAGGGCGACUACUGGGCCUCGGUGGUGCGGAACCCCGGCAGCCGGCAGGUGCUGAUCCACCAGAGCAGCCGGCGCUGGAGCCAGGAUCCCUUCCGGAAGAGCCCCGGGAUGAUCCAGUGCGUGCAGUUCCACCCGCUCCGGCCCUACUUCCUGGUGGCCUCCCAGCGCUCCGUGCGCAUCUACAACCUGCUGCGCCAGGAGCUCACCAAGAAGCUGCAGAGCAACUGCCAGUGGAUCUCCAGCAUGGCCGUGCACCCCGGAGGGGACAACGUGAUCUGCGGCAGCUAUGACAGCAAGCUGGCCUGGUUUGACCUGGACCUGUCCACGCGGCCCUACCGGCUGCUGAGGCACCACGGCCGCGCCGUGCGCUCGGUGGCGUUCCACCGGCGCUACCCCCUGUUCGCCUCCGGCUCCGACGACGGCUCCGUCAUCGUCUGCCACGGCAUGGUCUACAAUGACCUGCUGCAGAACGCGCUGCUGGUGCCGCUCAAGGUGCUCAAGGGCCACGCGCCCGCCCUGGACCUCGGCGUGCUCGACGUCGCCUUCCACCCCCAGCAGCCCUGGCUCUUCUCCUCGGGCGCCGACGGCACCGUCCGCCUCUACACCUGAUCCCAUGGGAUCCACCGGGAUCCACCUGGGAUCCAGUGAGAUCCGCAGGGAUCCACCUCCAGCAGCCCUGGCUCUUCUCCUCGGGCACCGACGGCACCGUCCGACUCUACACCUGAUCCUCCUGCCUGCUGGGAUCCACCGGGAUCCACCUGGAUCCACUGGGAUCCCCGGCUCUUCUCCGAUGGCACCGUGUGCCUCUGCAGCUGACCUUCCCACAGGGAUCCACCCAGAUCCACAGGGAUCUGCUGCUUUCGGAAUCCCCUGUGCUCAAUAAAGGGUUUUUUUGGAUACAAUCCCGGGAUCUUGGUGUGCUGAAUGCCCCGAUGCUCCCAUUCCCCCAUCUCUGUAUCCCACAUUCCCACUGGGAUCCAGCGGGAUCCGCAGGGAUCCGCUGCCUUGAGAAUUCCCUGUGCUCAAUAAAGGCUUU